AUGCAUCUACUUGACGUGCGUACCCGCAAGCUCAAGUACUUCGCAGGCGAGGUGCCGUCGUAUGCAAUCCUUUCGCACACAUGGGGAGAUGACGAGAUCUCUUUCCAGGACAUCAAAAACGCUGGCGUCGAACAACGGGCUGGGUACCUAAAAAUCAAGAAGACAUGCGAGCUUGCUGCGGGUCUUCAACUCAACUAUAUCUGGGUUGAUACCUGUUGCAUCGACAAGAGCAGCAGCACGGAGCUCUCAGAGGCCAUAAACUCGAUGUAUCAAUGGUACCAAGACGCCACGGUAUGUUACGCUUAUCUCUCCGACGUCGAUAUCAAUGUUUCGUCUCGUCGAGAGUCCGAUGACCAAGUUUCCAACAGCCGCUACUUCACUCGGGGGUGGACCCUACAAGAAAUCCUUGCUCCAUGGACCGUCAUCUUCCUUGACAUGCAUUGGCGAGAAAUGGGGACCAGGGAGACAUUACGAAACACCCUGACUGCCAUUACGCGAAUACCAGCCAAGUUUUUGUCCGGUGAAGACCUAGGAAAGGCCAGUAUCGCACAACGAAUGUCCUGGGCAUCACAUAGGACCACUACACGUUUUGAAGACCGUGCAUACAGUUUGCUGGGUAUAUUUGGUCUUAGCAUGCCGUUGCUGUAUGGCGAGGGUCAGAAAGCUUUCAUCAGACUGCAAGAAGAGAUCAUCAAUAACAUUGACGACUAUAGCAUAUUCGCAUGGACACUACCAGGGACUGGGAGUGCCGAUGUCCUCUCACCAUCGCCAGAAGGGUUUCAUUACUCGCGAGGCAUCAUUCCC